UGUAAUUACACGUUUGCUCGAUAGAUGGCGGUAGCCCUUACUGUCAACCACUGGUUUCCGUUCUGUUGCGUAAAGAAGAAGAGGUUACGUCAGGACGUUUAGGGGAACACACUGAAGGAACAAAAUGGAGGAAUAUGCGAGAGAGCCAUGCCCCUGGAGGAUUGUGGAUGACUGUGGUGGAGCAUUCACCAUGGGAGCUAUUGGAGGAGGGAUAUUCCAGGCGGUGAAGGGCUUCAGAAAUGCACCCUCGGGAAUGAGCCACAGAAUGAGAGGUAGUUUGACUGCCAUAAAGACCAGAGCCCCACAACUGGGAGGUAGCUUUGCGGUGUGGGGCGGCCUCUUUUCCAUGAUUGACUGCGGUUUAGUAAAAGUGCGAGGGAAAGAAGACCCCUGGAAUUCAAUAACAAGUGGUGCCAUGACUGGUGCUAUUCUCGCUGCAAGAAAUGGGCCUGUAGCAAUGGUUGGCUCUGCUGCUAUGGGUGGUAUUCUGCUGGCAUUGAUAGAGGGCGCUGGAAUCUUGCUUACAAGGUUUGCGUCCUCACAAUUCCCAACUGGACCCCAAUUUGCAGAGGAACCUGGCCCCGCCCCAAUGCCUUCCCCUCCCUUUGGAGACUACAGACAAUAUCAGUGAGAGGACGCCACAUCCCAUGAUCCACUAGGCCUUUUGGAAUUCCUUGCUGAAGUUAUUGGGAAGGAGUGGAGGUGCAGACUACCGAUUACAUCGCACUGGAGAAACAAGUUUACCAGCUGACUACAUCAGAGACGUGAUGGAUGGAAUUCAUCUUCAUUUCCCCUUCAAGAACCAUGUGCAGAUCUGCCUUUUUACCAUUCUCAGCCUUGUCAUGUGCAUCUGUGACACCCCACACUGGUUCAUAACACACGAGUGGAGAGUUCUGAGACAUUUGUGGGCUUGUGAGGCCCAAACCAGACGGUCGGAGUGUUGAAUCUUAGAGAGAAAAAAUAUGAGGUAUGAUAAGUGAUGAAUUUGUAUAUAAAGUAAAGGUUCUUAUCACAUAUGUUAGUCCUCAUUUUCUGCCAGCUUGUGCUGGCCAUCAGCACUUGCCUGGCCUUUUAUUUGAUUUUCACUCAGACGUCUGUCCGAUAUGCCAUUCCUAGAGCGCUAGUUUGUUUUAAAGUGAUUUAUUUAUUUAUAGAGUUAAAUCAUAUUAUAUGCAACAUUGAUUUUUACAUUCAACAUAUAGAUGGGGGGGAAACAGCUAAUGACCGGCUAGUUCAGGCAGAUACAAUAAAAUGGUAAAACUCAAGCAAGGGAUUGAUGCAUUUUGUUUCAAAUCUGUGUAACAGAUUGUUCUAUGGUAAAAUAAAAAAAUGCGACGUGAAA